AUGGACGCUAUUACUCACGUUAUUGCGCAGCCGGAAAAGGCCGACAUCCUCUUUCCAUUAAGAUUCCCUGAAAAUUGGAUGCGCCCCGUCAUCCUGGGGAUUCCGGAUGACUACUUCAUCAAACAUUGCGAGGACACCCUGUCGUGCCACAUCUGCCGCCCGACCUUGGACAAGAACCUGGCGAACUACACCCGAGCGCAGGAGAUCGACAACAAGAUCACGAAAGAUUUCGGGAACUCGCAGGGCAUCCCAGAGUGCAAGAACAUGGAGGACCCGGAGACGGUGAAGAAGACAUGCCCCCGCCGGAUCGACGUCGCCUGCGCCAAGGAGUACACUGGUGGGUUUCUCCUCUGCUAA